AUGGCUAACACAUUCAACAUCAUAGAUGUGAGAUUCAGGAACCAGGGACUCGACUCCAUCGAGGUCCAGGAUAAUGGGUCCGGCAUCUCGCCCGACAACUAUGAGACUAUUGCUUUGAAGCAUUACACUUCGAAGCUUUCAACUUAUUCCGACCUCGCAACCCUUCAGACUUUUGGCUUCCGCGGAGAAGCUUUGUCCUCGCUGUGUGCCCUCUCGCAGUUUAGCAUCCUGACCUGCUUGGCCCAGGACGUUCCCAAAGGAACCAAACUCGAGUUUGAGGCUUCAGGGAAGCUGAAGAGAACUCACGUCGUUGCUGCCCAAAAAGGUACAAAUGUUAUAGUGGAAGAUCUGUUCCGUAACCUUCCAGUUCGCCGCCGCGAGCUGGAGCGCAAUAUCAAAAGGGAGUGGAACAAGGUCAUUUCACUAUUGAAUCAGUAUGCCUGCAUCCAGACCGGCGUCAAGUUCACAGUAUCGCAACAGCCCAGCAAAGGCAAGCGCAUCGUUCUCUUCUCUACCAAAGGCAAUCCGUCAACGCGCGAAAACCUCAUCAACAUCUUCGGCACCAAGACCAUGGCCGUUCUGGUCCAGUUGGAUAUGACACUGGAGUUUGAGCCUACCCCCGGUCCUGGUAUGAAGAGUGCUCUUAAGGACAACAACGUCUCUACCGAGGUUCGUGUUCAGGGGUACGUCAGCCGGCCCGCCCACGGCGAGGGACGCCAGACACCCGAUCGACAAAUGUUUUUCGUGAAUGCCAGACCAUGCGGUCUACCGCAGUUCGCCAAGGUUUUCAACGAGGUCUACCGAGCGUAUAACUCGUCUCAGUCACCUUUUAUUUUUGCAGAUAUUCAACUCGACACCCAUCUCUACGAUGUCAACGUCAGCCCCGACAAGCGCACGAUUCUUAUGCAUGAUCAAAAUAGAAUGCUGGAAAACUUGAGGGAGGCUUUGGUCAGUCUAUUUCAAUCUCAAGACUACUCCAUACCGAUUGCACAGCCCUCCACCCAAAAGGCACAGCGAGGCGCCCAUGCGGUUCUGGUCCAGGACGACUCAGGUGACGAAGAACGAAGUUCGAAACGGCCCCCCGUUGCCGUGGAAAAGGUUGCACAGGCACCUCAAACCGAUGACUCUUGUUCCGAUGAAGAAGAUGACGAAGUUGAAUCGGCCAGCAGGUCCGCCCAAGCACGGAGAACUCGCAAAACGAAGUCAAGGAGAUUGGCUGUUGCAGACCCGCAGUCGCAGAGUUUGAUCCGCAGAUGGGUAGGUCUUAAAGCGGACGAACGAGAGGGCAUGGACAACCAAACAUUCGGGCGGGGGAAUUCGUCUGACAGAGGACGCGUUGCGGAGGAUCCUAUGCCUCGCCAGAAGCUGGUCGCUUCAGAAGAGGACGAGGGCCCUGAAGAAGAAGCUCCAGAGUCUCUGACAGGAGAAGUGCACUUUACACGAGUCACAACAAAUGAGACGCCCCAAAAGGUUCUCGACUUCCGUGCCCGUCUCGCUGACGCGGAUAGUCAAGAGAGUGCUGAGACGCCUUUGACGGGGGUGGUAGAAGCACGGAACAAAGAUAGGGAUCCGGAACAAGCCGGAAUUCCUGCUAUCACACCUCUCAGGGCCCCUGGAGAUACGGACACGUCAUCGACAACGACAUCGCGACUGUCAAAGCGGCCUGUUUCCGAAGUUGCCACUGUCAUCAUUGGAGAUCCAACAGUCGCUGCCUCAGAGGAAAGUCGACCGAAGCGAGUGAGAGUUGAUUUUGGAACAGCGUCAAAGCAGGUCCCUCUCAAAUCUCCCUCGCAUCAGACACCCAUAAGUUCAUCGUUCGGAACCCAGCUAAGUCAGAUGUUCUCAGCGGCCCAAUCAUCAGGGAAGCAAACGAAGUCCAAAGUCGGUUCAGAAAGGCCAGUUGAGACUGACGACGGCGAUGCACACGAAACGGUCGACGAACCCAACUCAAAUAGCUCACCGGUGAGGGAAUCCUCAGACCAAGCUUUGGAGACCGCUAGUGUCGAUGAAGAACCUCCAGCAACCUCAGGCAUCCGCAGUGAGCCUUCAAGUCUUGUUAGCGACAUUGUGGCAGACUCGCCAGGCUAUGACAAGGAACGAGCCUUGAUCCGGCCGGCUACGGGAAACGAGCAACCUCAAGGGCCCCUUCCGGAUCAGGUCAACAACCUGAGCAACAGACCCCACUUGCUGAGGACAGUGGUCAAACGUAAGGACGCUACUCUACAGUAUAGGCAGAGCAUGAAGAUGAGUGAGGCAGAUUUGAAGUCACGCGUGGAAUCGUGGGUCUCAGAGCCAGAGCGCACAGCUUCUUGCCGUAAGACGUCUGCAGGCACCUCUGGCAUUGAUUCGAACGACGCCGAAGAAGUUCUUUCCCUCAUCAUCUCGAAGGCAGAUUUUGGGAAAAUGAGGAUAGUCGGUCAGUUCAAUCUGGGUUUCAUCAUUGCUGUUCGACAAGCGUCACGGGAUCCUGAUGACGGCGGGUCGACCGGAGCCGAUGAGCUUUUUAUAAUUGAUCAGCAUGCGUCGGACGAGAAGUACAAUUUUGAGCGGCUGCAAACAACGACAGUUGUUCAGUCACAGCGACUUGUUCACCCUAAGCAGCUGGAGCUCACGGCCCUGGAGGAAGAGAUUGUUAGGGAAAAUGUUGCGGCCCUGGACGUCAACGGGUUCAAAGUACAUCUGGACGAUUCAGGUGAUGUUCCCGUCGGGUCGCGGUGCAAACUACUUGCUUUGCCACUGAGCCGCGACACGACUUUCACUCUCUCCGACCUCGAGGAGCUGAUAUCUCUGCUCGGCGAGCACCAUUCAAGCGACGCUAGCUAUGCUCCACGGCCGUCCAAAGUGCGAUCCAUGUUUGCCAUGCGUGCCUGCCGCAGCAGCGUCAUGAUUGGCAAGGCUCUAGCUCAUCGUCAGAUGGAAAAGCUCGUGCGACACAUGGGUGAACUAGAUAAGCCUUGGAACUGUCCUCAUGGGAGGCCGACAAUGCGGCAUUUGAGCGGGCUCGGUGCCUGGGACGAGAACGGGUGGAGAGAAACAGAAAGUCGUGUUAACUGGGCCAGAUAUGCUCGAAGCUAG